AUGCCUAAUGAUGAUUUCUAUGUCUUUGGUCUAUCAAGAUACACCGUAUUCAAUUUAACAAGUAUAUAUGUUCAGGAAUAUACAUAUAAGAAUAACAUUAUACAGGGUACAUUCUCAACAAUGGCUGCAUUUGAAGGAUUGUCAUUAGUAUUCUUGGCAUUGCUGUUGAUCAGUAUUGUGGUAUUCUUUAUUAGAAGACAUGAUGAGAUAUUCCAAUCAUUGGUGUUCGUCUCAUCGAUAUGUAUGCUGUUGUGCCAGAUCAUUGCAUUCCAUAUUGUAUUCAGUGUCACUGGUAACCUCAAUGAUCAACACUUUGCCAACUGCCAAUCAAAGUACUAUUGUGAAACAUUCCGUGGCAGUGCCGAUGGAUAUAUUUGGGGACCGCUCAAAGGUCUAUGGCUGGGUCUGGCUGCACUAUGUGUAUCAUUCGUCAAUGCCAUAGUAUGCGCAAUAUUCAAAUGGACCAGAUAUGCCAAUCAAGCCGAACCAGGUUCAAAACUAUCCGCAGUGAGUAGUACCAGUAGUUCAUACCGUGGAUAA